UUCUCAGUCCCUCGCAGCUGGGCUGGGUUUAUAUCUUGGCUUCCCUGCAUCCGUAUCAAAACCCUUGCAGAGAAACACUACGAAAACUCAGGCCAUGACUUGAGACAGCUUAAGAGCGCUGGACAAUCACAAGCUUCCUUGUACCAGGUAACUCCGAAGUCUGCUUAUUUUUUAGAAGUUCUCUCUGGUUGUCUUGGGAAAAUUUACCGAGUAAUACUUCUAUUCAAUGAACAUUUCCGGUUCAAAUUAAGCAAUUUUCUGCAUGGAGGUUUCCCAAUUUUAUGGGUUUUUUUCAAUUCGAUUUUAUAAGGGUUGUUGAACUCUGUGCAUUAGAAACGCCAAUUUGUUGGUGGGUUUAUUGGAUAUGUUCAGUACCUCAAGGUUGCAGAGAUAAUGGAUCUAAUCGACUCGAACAAUGAACACUAUAGCUCUAUUUGUUGCAAGGAUGGCUCCUUAUAGGUUAUCGUUUAGCUCGUACAUUUCGAGAAAACUGUGUGACUAUAGUUUUGAUUGUGAUAAAAGUGAGAAUGGAUUUGAGCACAUUGAUGAACCCUUGAAGAGAGUAUGCAGAUAUUCAGAUUUUGAUUCUUCUGGAUACGAAAUCAGUAAUGAAGAGCAUUUCACCCUGAAGCACCGAUUUUUUGAGCACGUGAGGAGGGAUGCUGCAAGCGUUCUUGAUAUUCUCAGACAAGAUGGCCUAGGCUUCGAUGCAAAAGCAGCAUUAAGUCAGUUGCAUAUAAGGAUGUCGGGGCUUCUUGUCAGGGAAGUCCUUAUGGGGAUUUUGAAGAACAUAAAUUAUGAGAAUAAAGAAAGGUCUGCUAGAUUAGGGUAUACUUUUUUCUUGUGGUCUGGUCAGCAGGAAAAUUACAGGCACACUGCGAAUACAUAUCAUUUGAUAAUGAAGAUAUUAGCAGAAUGUGAGGAGUUCAAGGCAAUGUGGAGAUUGCUUGAUGAGAUGGUUGAGGAUGGGUUCCCAACUACAGCACGGACAUUUAACAUAUUGAUCUGUAGUUGUGGUGAGGCAGGACUGGCUAGAAAAGUCGUGGAGAGGUUCAUUAAAUCAAAGAAAUUCAAUUAUAGGCCAUUCAAGCACUCUUUCAAUGCAAUUCUACAUUCACUUUUUGUAGUUCAUCACUACAAGUUGAUUGAGUGGGUACAUCAGCAGAUGCUAGUUGAGGGUCAUUCCCCAGAUAUUCUAACUUAUAAUAUUCUUAUGUGUGUAAAGUAUAGAUUGGGGAAGUUGGAUCAGUUUAAUAGAUUGCUUGAUGAAAUGGGUAGGAGUGGAUUUUCACCAGAUUUUUAUACUUAUAAUAUCCUUCUCCAUGUUCUUGGUAAAGGGGACAAGCCACUUGCAGCACUUAAUCUUUUGAAUCAUAUGAAGGAAGUUGGGAUCGAUCCAAAUGUCCUUCACUUCACUACUUUGAUAGAUGGAUUGAGCCGAGCUGGGAAUUUAGAAGCCUGCAAGUAUUUCUUUGAUGAAAUGAUAAAAUAUGGAUGCAUGCCAGAUGUUGUUUGUUACACUGUAAUGAUCACUGGAUACAUAGUGGUGGGAGAGCUUGAAAGGGCUCAGGUGUUGUUUGAUGAGAUGAAAGCGAGGGGCAACUUACCAAAUGUAUUUACCUAUAAUUCUAUGAUUCGUGGAUUUUGUAUGGCAGGGAGGUUUGAGGAGGCCUGCUCCAUGCUCCAGGAAAUGGAAUCCAGAGGAUGUAAUCCUAAUUUUGUUGUGUACAGUACCCUAUUGUGCAAUUUGCGGCAUGCUGGAAAGCUUUCUGAAGCUCGUAAAGUAAUAAGACAGAUGAUAGAGAAAGGGCAUAAUGUCCAUCUAGUCUCAAAGUUCAAAGGAUAUAGAGGGUGCUGAAGUAAUAGGCUGUCUCCAGUGGAGAAUUUUAAUGGUUAACUUCACUGGCAUAAUACUCAUAGGCUUGGCUCAGGUUGGAUCCUUGUACCUGCUGACCUUAAUAGAUGUCCUGGAAACUAAAAGGGUAAAUUUUAACCUUGUCAUUCUUUGUUCAUUGAGUGUAACUGAAAUGGAAAAGAAAGCUGUUUUUCUUUAUAA